AAAUUUCCCUUUCCGUGAUGCAACAUCUACACAGUAGCCCACUGCAUAACACCCUACUAUUUAAGGACUGGUCUUCCUGGUGGGAAUCCUUCCUCUUCUAAUGUUGCCAGUGUCAUCGGAUCCACCUGUCUGUACCUGCAGCCGGUUGUUUACAGUGCCGCCAUACUGGAGCUCACCUGUUGUCGGAUACACACGUAAAGACACCUGAGUAACAGGAAGAAGAUCACAAAACACGAGCUUUACAUCCAGCAACAGCAGAGGCUCCGAUGGGGACGUAAUUCAAGCUUUGUAAACCACGAUCAUGAGCAAAAAAUACUCACUUUUCGCUUGUUUUUUCUUGCUUUGUUACAUUUCAGGAACUGUCAGUAAAGAUUUUUUGGAUGGAUUUAGCUCAAUUCCUUCCAAGUACUCUAUUGUUAAUCCACAAGUGAUUCGCAGAUGGUCAAGGAGCAUCGAUAGAAAUCAGUUUAAAGAUGAAAAUGAAGAUGAGACAGUUUCAUAUUCACUCAACAUAAAAGACAAAAAACACCAUCUUCAUCUGAAAAAGAACAGAGAUUUUUUACACCCUAACUUUGUUCAGUAUUCAGGCGGCAAAUCAACAUUUCCCAAACAACACGUGCACUGUUAUUACCACGGGGAGGUUGAAGGAUACCCUGACUCACUGGUGGCUCUCAGCACCUGCUCCGGCCUCAGUGGUGUGAUCUUUCUUGAAAAUGAGACCUACGGACUUGAACCGAUGCCCAAGUCUACGUCCAAUGAGCAUGUUCUGUACCUGCUGGAGGACGUCCACUCAGAGCCGGUCACCUGUGGCGUCGUCAGUGAAGUCAACGCAAAUGCAACGCAAACAAAUUCACCCUUUGAACCGGGCCAGUCGCUGACGUCACUACUGCGGAAAAAGCGCAAUUUGCCAGAAACCAGUUACAUAGAGUUGGCACUGGUUGUGGAUAACCUCAGGUAUGUGUUCAGGAAACAAAAUGAGACAGCAGUAAGAGAGGAGAUGGUUCAAAUGGCCAAUCUACUGGACGGAUAUUAUAAGCAGCUGAAUAUCCGUGUGGUGCUGGUGGGUCUGGAGGUUUUUAAGGAGAGUAAUCCUUUUAGCGUGGACGGCUCGGCGGGAGAGGUAUUAGGACGCUUUGUCAAGUGGAGGAAAGAGACACUGAUACCGAAACUCAGACAUGACAUUGGGCAGCUCAUUGUUGGCCAGCCUAAUGCGUAUGCAGGUGGUGUCUUGGGCAUGGCCUUCGUGGGUACCGUCUGCUCCGUGGCGAGCUCCGGAGGAAUCAACGUAUUCGGCAAUGGCAAUCUGAAUUAUGCCUCCACCGUGGUGGCCCAUGAGAUGGGCCAUAACCUUGGCAUGCAACAUGAUGAGGGUCGCUGCAGCUGCAGUGGAAGCUGCAUAAUGGCUCCCACUGUCAGUGGGUCCACCACAUUCAGUACAUGCAGUGGAGAUGACUUUGAGAAGCUGAUCCGUAGAGGAGAUGGUGUGUGUCUGAAAAACAUGCCCUCCCAGUCUGAUAUUGUUGGUAUUGCAAAGUGUGGCAAUGGCCUGUUGGAGGAAGGAGAGCAGUGUGACUGUGGCACACCCCAGGAAUGCACAAACAAAUGCUGUGAUGCCGCUACCUGCAGGUUUACAGCCGGUUCAGCCUGUGCAGAUGGGGGCUGCUGCAGCGACUGUCAGAUCAAAGUUGCUGGAACGCAAUGUCGAAGCUCUAUCAACACAUGUGACCUCCCAGAAUUCUGUAAUGGCCAGAGUGCGUUCUGUCCCGAGGAUUUCUACGUUAUGGAUGGUCUGACCUGUGAAAAUAACGCCGCCUACUGCUAUGAGGGCCGAUGUCAGACGUAUGAUUUCCAAUGCAGACAUCUCUUCGCACCAGAUCCAGCGACAAAGGCAGCCGAUGCUUGCUUCCAACAUGCCAAUACAAAGGGGAACUUAUUUGGAAACUGUGGAAUUACCAGCAAUGGACAGUACAUCAAAUGCGCUGUAGCGGAUGCCAUGUGUGGAAAGGUGCAGUGCACUAACGUGGACGUCAACAACCCCCCUUCCGGCGCCCAUGUCAGUAUCCAAAUAAUUAACGGGUCAUCUUGCGUUAAUGCAGACUUCAACCUCGGCACAGACGUGUUAGAUCCUGCGUAUGUAAACCCUGGCAGCCCUUGUGCUGAAGGAAAGACCUGUAUUGACUUUAAAUGUGUGGAUGCCGCCGCCCUGCUGCCUAAUCUGAAGUGUGAUGCUCAGAGCACCUGUCAUCGCCACGGGGUUUGUAACAAUAAUGGGAACUGUCACUGUGAUGACGGGUGGGCGCCACCCAGCUGUGACAGGGCGGGACGAGGAGGGAGUGUAGACAGUGGACCCGCUAUGAUAGACCACUCCCUCAGGAAUGGCCUUUUGAUCUUCUUCCUGCUCGUGCUUCCACUUUUGACUGUUACCAUCCUGCUGCUGCUCUACCUCUUCAGGAGAGAGUCCUUGGACCCCUGCCUUAAAAGAGGCCGACAUCACAAAUCCCGCACUACUGGAACAGGCAAUACAAACAUACAAACAAACAGCAACGUUCAGACACAGGCACCAAGAAUCCAGCCUCCAGUUCAGAGCCCUGCAGAGAUGUCUGGACAGCUACCGGACAACCCCGUUCCAAUCUCUGGUUUCAGGUAUGGAGAACUGGAUUACUGGAAAUACGACACCACCAUCUCACCACCAACUCCACCCACCCGUCCAAGCCAGGGCCCUGGGGUGCCCAGACCCAUCGCACCUGCACAGCCACCAAAGUACUAAUUAUUAUCCUUUCUGCGACACAUUGCUGAUGUAUGUUUGUUACAGCACAACUCAAUGUGAAGGGAGAUUUUAAGGCACUGUGGUACGACCUAUACAGUGGUGGAAAAAGGUGUUUGGACACUCCAUGCAUUUGUGAUAUAUUACAUUAAUAAUCAGUCUAUUAUGUCGUUGAACUCUACCAAGUACUGUGCCAUUCUCCAAACCUGCUUGUUCCCUUCUGCACAUGCUCCUGUUCCAUCGAGUUCAAAAGUGGAUGUUUAAGCAAGAUAAUGAAACACAUUCGUGACAUGACAUGUUGAAAAAGAUCAGUAAUUUAGUUUUGUAAUUUUGUCUGGUUAACAAUAGGCAAAAAAAUAAUAAUUUGUGUCUGAUACAGCUGCACCUCUUGAAACACAAAAAAGAUUGUUCUGCAAAUAUUGAAUAAUAAGAGUGUCUGAAAACUUUUUUUCACUACUUUAAACUACUUACCAGCACAUUUAUCAGGAAAUGGAAUAUUUGAUGUAAUAUGUGUGUGUUUAUAAAUGUCAUUUUAGAAUCAAUUAUUGGAAAUAUGUUACAUUGAAAACUUGUAUUUUAUGCUAUUAGAUUUAUUUUAUUUUAUGAAAUUCUUGAUAAUUAUGAUGAAUUACUGAUUUGUUUAAUGUGAAUUUUAAUAAAUAAUAAAUAAAUAAAUAAAAAACCGGAACACCUCACUUUAUUUAAAGUUCUGUGUCCAAUCCAACUUUAUUUGUAAAGCACUUUAAAACAACUGCAGUGGACCAAAGUGUUGUACAGAAGAAAAAUUAAAACCAAAAUAGAAGUACAAAAUACAGAAUAGAUUUACAGACAUAGAAACUGUACCAAAAAAAAAAAAAAAAUCCAUGUGCAUGUCAAAAAUAGAUAUUUUAGACUCAUUACAAUGUUUUUAAUUUAAAUUUAGACAAUUAUGGCCAAUAGCUCAAAAACUAGAAAAGGCAUGUCUCAUAAUAUUUGAAUAUUUGAUAUAUGAGUCGAUACAAUAGAAAUAUACCUAAUAUGUGUACAGAGUGUAGAGGAGCAGCAGUUCAUUGUACUGUAUGAAAAUGAAAAUGUUUUGGGAAGAGGUUAGGACGUGGACUAUGAUUUUAUGAGACAAAGAUUUAAUAUUAAGAAAAAUAAUUGUGUUUUUUGUCAAUUUGAAAUUGAAUCGUUAGAGCAUUUAUUUUUUGACUGCCCAUACACCAGGACAUUUUGGACAACAUUUCAAGACUGGACAUCUGAAAAGGACACUCAAUCGCCCAAAUUGGAAUCCAAAGACAUUAAAUUUGGAAUUAUAAUGGAAAACAGAAAAAGAGAAACUAUGUAUAACACUUUGAUUAUUAUAGCCAAACAAUUUAUACAU